UUUGUUUUUCUCUACUUCUCGUUUCAGUUGUUGAUUAGUUACUUAAGCAGCAGGCAAACUGCAUUGUUUGCUUGUUUCUGUAGUCUUCCUUGUUCCCCCACUUCCUCUUCCUGGGGAAUCGUCCACUGAACUGUGAACCUAGUCUUGCUGCUAGUGUUCUGUGCCUUUGCCCACAAACUCUGCUGUUGGCUGAGGUCUCGGUGGGUCUUUGUUCUCAACUCUUCUCUGACAAGGCUCGCUCUGUGCUACACUGUUCCUUUUCUUUGUUCAGUCUUGCACUUCUGCCACAGAACCACAAAUAUCUCCAGCUGGAAAUCAGACAGGAACAGAAAUGAGGAGCCCAGGAGCCCAAGACAAUGUUUCAGUUUCUCAGGGUAUGCGAGCGAUGUUUUACAUGGUGGAGCCCAGUGAAACUGCCUUCCAAACUGUUGAAGAGGUGCCUGAUUACGUAAAAAAGGCGACUCCGUUUUUCAUCUUCUUGAUUCUGCUUGAACUAGUCAUCAGCUGGAUUCUCAAAGGGAAACCAUCAGGUCGUUUGGAUGAUGCUCUCACAUCUAUAUCAGCUGGUGUUGUGUCUAGGCUUCCAAGUCUGUUCUUCAGGAGCCUUGAAGUGACCAGUUAUAUUUAUAUCUGGGAAAACUACAGACUUUUGGAAUUGCCUUGGGAUUCUGCAUGGACAUGGUAUUUAACUUUCUUAGGAGUUGACUUUGGCUACUACUGGUUCCACCGCAUGGCUCAUGAGAUUAAUAUUUUCUGGGCAGCACACCAAGCACACCACAGUUCUGAAGACUAUAACUUAUCCACAGCACUGAGACAGUCUGUCUUGCAGCAGUAUAGUUCCUGGGUUUUCUACUGUCCCCUGGCCCUUUUCAUACCCCCUUCAGUGUUUGCUGUUCAUAUUCAAUUCAAUCUCCUCUACCAAUUUUGGAUCCACACAGAGGUCAUCAGAACCCUUGGCCCUUUGGAACUGAUCCUUAAUACUCCUAGCCAUCAUAGAGUUCAUCAUGGUAGAAAUCGUUAUUGCAUUGAUAAAAACUAUGCUGGCACUCUUAUUAUUUGGGAUAGAAUUUUUGGGACAUUUGAAGCAGAGAAUGAGCAGGUCAUAUAUGGUCUAACCCAUCCCAUUGGUACAUUUGAGCCAUUCAACGUGCAGUUUCACCAUUUACUUUAUAUAUGGACUACAUUCUGGACCACACCUGGAUUCUGCCAUAAGUUUUCUGUCCUAUUUAAAGGACCAGGAUGGGGUCCAGGUAAACCAAGACUUGGCCUGAGUGAAGAAAUUCCAGAGGUUACAGGACAGGAAGUCCCCUUCUCAUCCUCAGCAUCCCAGCUCUUAAAGAUCUACACUGUCCUCCAGUUUGCAGUAAUGCUGGCAUUUUAUGAAGAGACCUUUGCAAAUACAGUGGUACUCUCCCAGGUCACUCUUCUUUUGAGAAUCUUCUUCUUUAUCCUGACCUUGACUUCCAUUGGUUUUCUUCUGGAUCAAAGAUCCAAGGCAGCUACUAUGGAAACUUUCCGGUGCCUGUUGUUCCUAACCCUGCACAGAUUUGGUCACUUAAAGCCUCUUAUUCCAUCUUUAUCAUUUGCAUUUGAGGGAAGGUACACAGAGGUCUGGAGCUCAGACCUGCCUCCUUGCUGAAGAUGAAGGCCAGAAGAGCCCCUAUCCAAGAAGCUCUGUUUCUUCUGCAGCCCACGGACUCUCCUGUAAGGACUGGUCUUUGAGAGACCCAGGAUACAAGAUGGCACUCUUACCUGACUCCUGGGGUCAGAGCCCUCCCUGGAGGCCAACUCUCCUCUGGAGGGGAAGGUUCCCAGAGGUCUGGGUCUCAGCUCUGUCUCCUGGCUGAGGAUGAAGUCCAGAACAAUGGACCUUGUCCAAGAAGCACUGUUGCUUCUGAGGCCCAAAUGCUCUCCUGGGUGAACUGGUCUCUGAGAGACCCAGGACACAAGAUGGCUCUCUCACCUUAGUCCUGUGGUCAGUGCCCUCUCUGGAGGCCGACUCUCCUUAGUGAUCUUAAGAUCCUGGGUGUGCUAAGGUGCCUGCGGGUUUGGAGAGUCCUCUGGGGACUGUGGGACUGUCCAUCGAAUUCGUGGCCAAGGUGAACCCCAAAUAAUUUUGUUUGUUUGUUUGUUUGUUUUUUGUUUUUUGAGACAGGGUUUCUCUGUAUAGCCCUGGCUGUCCUGGAACUCACUUUGUAGACCAGGCUGGCCUUGAACUCAGAAAUCUGCCUGCCUCUGCCUCCCAAGUGUUGGGAUUAAAGGCUUGUGCCACCACAGCCUGGCCCCUAAUAGAAUUUUUAAAAAAUACAAGUUUGUUUUUUUAUUUUGUUUUUGUUUUUGUUUUUGCAUUGGAACAACCCUAAUUUCUUUGGUUCAGUCAAGUCUUUUCUGCUGUUUGUCGAAUUUGUUGUUUUGUUUAUUUGUUUUUACCUUAGGUCUACAGAUGUUUGAUACUGUUGUUAAUAUUAGGGCAGGAGAUAACACCUACAGUGACUAAGCUCCAGAAUUACUGAGUCAAAUUGCCAAAGACAAAAAUAAAAAU